GUCAUACUGACCGGUUAAACCAGUAUGUAAUCUGAUGCGAUAUCUCUGGUCUGAUUCUGUGCAGGUGACUGGUCUGCAAGGUUUGACUUUAGAUUUAGGAGAAUGGGAUCAUCGUGCAAACAGUCGAACUCACUGUCAGAUCAGUGCAGCGGCAGAGUGUGGGACAGCGGGGGUUGUCAAGAGGAGGUGGGGUCUGUCCCAUGUGUCGACCGUCUGAUGGAGAGAAGAGGGGCACAGCACAGUGAGUAUGAAAGGACACACAGUGCUACGCAGAGAGAGACUGCAGACAUGCAGCAACACAGAGCGGCAUAUAUGUUUAAAGAGGCUGCAGCAGAAUGGGCUGUUGAUGAGGUGUGUUAAGCAUGAGACCCUUGGAGACCUGAGCGUAGAGGUCUAUCAAACAUGUGAUUGGAUAAAAAUCUUCAAAACCUACAGCAUGUGACUUUGCGGUGGAGUUUACGGACCCUCACCAUGUUCUCUCUGUGGAAUCUUUACCUUCUCCUUCCCUUCUCCUUGCCUCUCUUGCUUCAUGCCAUAGCCUUAAGUGGAGAAAAUGUCAAGGAAACACAACAGCUCGACACAGACACAGCAGUGCAGCAUCUCACACGGCCCUCACAGAGGCUUCACAGGUCUGGUUUAGCACCAGUAAAUCCUAUGUUUGAUCCCGAGAAUGCUGACUUCCUGGGUCUACCUUUGAGUUGGCCCUUAUCAUCAUCUGAGGAAUCAGAUAGACAAGGUGUGAUUGGUGAAUACACUGAUUUACAGGAGAGCACAGAGACAUCUAUGUAUCCUAAUGAGAGUGGACUUUCUAUAUCCAGACUCACAGAGAGUGCUGCAGAAGAUGUUACCUCUAAUGAGAGUACACAACCAGAAAGGUCUUCAUCGGGAGCAGUACCACCUCGACCUACCCAGGAACAAACAUUAAAGUAUCAGGCAGCUGAGACCAGCACUGGAUCUGUAUUGCAUUCUACACAGACUGAAGAGGACUGGGCAACUUCCCUGGCCUUGCAGAAUGACACAACUGAUAGCCACUUACCUUUUCUUCUAUCUGGAUCACUUCCAUCAGACAGACCAGACCAGGACUCAACUUCACUGCUGUCUGCUGGACCUGGGCCCAGCCCUGAGUACACUGCUCCACCCGCAGCCACUGUCAGUCUGGGAUGGACCACGGACCUCUCUGUUACCACACAGGGAAAGACACAGGAGGGAACUGUCCCAGUGAGAGAGACUGAAGAUGGAUUGACUGACAUUACAAAUCCUAUUUUACACAGAGGAGCUGUCAGCAUAGAGGCAGAAAAAGAUGACUCUGGGGAUGAAGGCCUACAUGUCUCAAGGACCAGUGGCACACUCUUGAUUGAUGAUCACAUUGACACAUCUGCCACACCCUGCAAAACAACAAACCACUCCUGGACUCCCACCUACCCAGACGAUUUUGCUCCCAACGAGUCCCUGCGUCCCUCUCUGGCUCUCAGCCCUGCCCUUUAUGUCCCUCUGUAUUCAGACUGGAACUCAGCCCUCGCCACAUGGGGGUUUGCGUGGGAAGCUCACAUCUAUGGCCUGGGGUCCGUCUUCUCUGCAUUUGGCCUAAUCUCUGUGGUCUGCCUGUUAGGCCUUCCCUUGCGGUGUCCCCCGGGAAGCCCCUACUUCACUCUCCUGCACUUGUUCCUCUUGGCAUUUGCAGGGAUCCAAGCUUUCUGUUUGCUCUAUGAUGCUUACAGUCACCAAGAUCGUCUUCCCCCACUGGGCACUCUGCUGCUCUCUGAGUUGCCCUUUCCCUGUUUGAUCUCAGCCUUCUCCUUGGCCUUUGUCCUUCUUUCAUUGCACUCACGCAUGCGUCUCUCACUCUCACUCCCACUUGCUAUUUCCACCUCAUUUUCAGCCUUGCCUAAACCUCACCUGUUACUCUGUGUAUCUCUGUUGCAUUUUGGAGUCUCUCUAGGGUGUGUUGGCUUGCUCCAGCUCUUUCACAGCCUCCCCACCAUGAUCCUACUAUUCCCUCAGGGUCUGUUUGUAUGCCUCACUGUCUUCCUCUCAUGCUCCUACCUCAUCUUCUAUUGCUUAAUACGAGUCGACACCAAGCACAUCUACAGGCUGAAUGACAACGGAGAGAAUGGAGGAUCUCCUGAAGUGAUGCGACCUGCAAGUUGCCCCUUUGCGAAAGUGGAGGACUGGCGUAGGGCAGCAGGGGCUGGAGUGGGAGCUUCAUUGUGUUUGUUGGGAUGUGGAGGCCUACAGCUUUAUGGGAUCCUGCAUGCCCUUGGUUUAGGUGGGGUUGAUGGCUAUGGGUUCCAGCCCUGGUCCUGGUGGGGCUACCAGGUAGGCUGCAGACUCUGCGAGAUUGGGGUGUGCCUAGGUUUGUCUCUUAUUGGCACACACCCUCUGUUCUGUCACAACAAUUCUUCCCUCAAGACCAUAACUCACCCUCGUCCAGGAUCUUGGUCCCGCCUCUCCUGCAGCUCCCCUUCACGAGGGCUCACCCUACCCUCUCACGGAGGUGCAAAUUCUCCUGUCCUCUCCUCACACGAUUCCUGGUCCCAAGGUAAGCAAGAAAAGCUGGUGGUCUGUGAUGUCACCACUAAGGGACAGUCAGAAGCUCUUCCUCUAUGCUCAAUAGUGGAUCCUCCUGGAAAUGGGCUAGAUUGUCUCCCAAAAUCCAGCCAAACACGGACUACCAUACUACCUCUACCGACACCCCCAAGCCCACCUCACAAGCCUAAAAAUGCAGUUGAGUCUCAGCUAUCAUCACUGGAUAACUUAGGUCUAGAGAGUGACUCUACUGUGGACCUUCGUCCCCCAUCUCCCAUAGACUUGUCCCGCAGUAUUGACCAGGCUCUGUUCAGUGAGUCCCUGUUCUCUCACAGUAUCUUUGGUUUGCCAAGGCUGUUCCACACUUCCUCAAGCCAUUCCUUGAGCUCUCCUAGCCAAGGUACAUCAAAGCAAGGGCCCAGUUCAGUGGAAAAUGCUUUAUACCGAACGUCUUCCUGUGGAGAUGUGGAUCAAGACAAAGCCUUGCCCAGUUCCAGAUCUUCCCAGCCACAUGGCUCUCUGACAUCUAACAGCAAGACACCAGAGCAAUGGGAUUGGAAAGGGAGUGUCUCUGGCUCAACCCAGGGUCUGUGCAGCAAUCCCAAGGAGACAGGGAAGCUUCGUUCACACUCCUGGGCCAACAGAGGGCAAAACUUUGCUCAGCACAGCCUCCCGCGAGCAAUUCCCCACCUGUCUUACCACAGGCGUUACCGAACCCUGAGCUUAGCCUCCCAGGACAGCCAGGGUUCUGGCCGACUGGCGGGGACUAAACACCUGAGUGAAAGCAAACAGCUGGAAUGGGACAUGGCUGUACAGGCAGAGUUUGUCAAUGUGUGCAGACAAAUUGAUGCUCUGAGUGUUUGCAGUGACACCAUUGAACUGUAGGAAGUUGUAAAAGCCCAGCUGUGAUUGGAAUGCAACAUUGUACAGAAAUAGCAGACUCUGACUGUGAUUGAUUUAAACUGUACAUCAUUAAAAAGGAAAGGAAAAUGGACAUUAUUGACACAAUAUGUAGGCCCAACUUAUUUUAUAUAAAUAUUGUACAGUUGAUAUAUACAAAGGCUGAUUGAUUUUAAAGGCUGACUUCAUCACACUGUUUCUAGAAACUUAUGCUCUUCUCUUUGCAGUAAUGUGUUUAAAAAUACUGUGACAAUAUUCUUAUUUAAAUCUGUGCUCAUUCCACUUAGACAUUAAUGAAUGUUAAGGAUGAGAUACCUGUCUAUGAAAGGAAUAUAAAGGGCAGCCUUCUUCAACAAAGAGUGGGCAAACACUAUGGACUCAAGAAAGUUUCAUUUAUCACUGCUCAUGCAUUCCUGUGUCCAUCAACAAUGGAGAGUGAGACAGGUAAUGUGACAAUCCCCUUUAGUAUCCCCUCAGAGACAAUUUCAUCUACACUGAUAAGCAAAAUGAGGAAAUAUUAAAAUCUGAAUCUGUUGUAGUAACAGUAAAGCAUAAUAUUUUUCCAACACAGUAUUAGUACCUUGAUGGCCAUUAAGUUGUGAACAGAGGUGGUAAACUGACAUUUUAGCUUGUAGUAUUUUUCCCACAGGAUUAUCUGUUAUUUCAGUGUGAUUUAAUAAACAUGGAAAUUCAAAGAAUAACCAUACAUACACAGAGUUUGCAUUGUUGGCUUAACCAACAAUAUGAGUGGUAUAUUUAUUUUUUAUUUUUCUAUUUACUAUAUUCACUAUACUUUUACUUUAUUGCCCUCUAGUGGUAAUGAGAAAAAUCACCCACUUAGUAGUUGAGAGGGUCAGCAACAGUUUUUGUUUCCUCUAUUUCUGGAGAUAUGACAAAAAUUAUAAAACAAUGUCAAAAUACCCUUGUCAAAAUUAUCUUUAUUCAUGCAACACUAUUUACAAUAAAUAUCAUUCUGAAGCGUUAGUGUGGAUGAUAGAAGAGGAAAAUUAUAUUUUAUGUAUAUUCUGUAUGACUCACAUAAGAAAAUAUUAUGAAAUUGUAAUUUUGCCAACCAGUACGAUACCCCGCGCUCAUUUAAUCGCUCGCAAGUUGUUGCAAAAUUCAGAUCCAGUGUUUAUCAUAGAGCGAUAUAUGUAAUACCAAAGAUGUUGAGUACCUUCCACAAAAAGAAGUCAUGUUUUAAAAUCUGAAAAAAAAAACAACAACAUUUUUUCCAUAAUUCUACAAAGAAAUAAUCUAACCUGGGCUAACUGGUUAGAUUCAUUACUGUCCUUCUCUACUGACUUCAUUGAUCUAUUUCAUUGACUCAUCAUUUCAUUUAAAUACUGAGCCCGAAAAAAGACGCAUACUAUUUGUAUUAUGUGUUAUGUACAGUCAAUAGCCAUAAAAUUAAUGAUGUGCUUUUACAAAAUGAAAUUAUGGAAGAUCACUACAUGUCAAGACCCAGACUGAAAUGUAAAACAUGGAUGCUCGUCUGUCUUGUCACUCAAACAGUUUGUUAUCAAGUGUUUUCUAAUCCAAAUAAUUUGAACACAGGAAUAUCCAGAAUAAGAUUAUGCGUGGUUGCUCCUUUAAGGCGCAAUCCAUUUUACAAAUGUGUAAAGGAAUAAAGGCAGAUGCUAAGCUUUGGUCCUUUCUGCAACAGUGCAGCAUAUUACAUGCAGGGCGAUCAGAGGAGAUCCAUUGUGUAACAGCCAAAUUUUCAGACAGAGUGCAAUAACUUUGAAUUAGCUCACACAGAAACUAGGAAGUUCAGUAAGAAGAUGAUAAAAACGUAACUGUCCUGUCUACUGUGUGUACUGUAUGUUUACUCUUGGCUUAGUGAGCUUUAUACACCAGGGUGCAGGCUAGAAAAUAUGACCAUGGCUUCAUUUAAUUCGAGUUAAUUUUACCUGUCCUGGAGUUUGCUUUUAACAUCAGCAGAGAGUUAUCCUAAAGCUGUUUAACUUUUUGUGUUUCUUUCUUCUUUUAAUGAAAUAUAAUGUUAAACAUUAAAGCAUUCUAGUCAAAGACAUUUUGCUUGUUUUGUUUAGGUUUUUUGUAAAUAAAAUAUAUGAUUGCCCGAUUUCCUGCAAAAAAUGAAAUAUCUUGUGUGAUGUAUUAAAUGAGAAUAGAAUAUAGUGCUGCAACUCUGCAAGGUUUGUUCUGUAUCAAGAUGAAAUUCAGAGGCCAACAAGGAGAUGGGCCUCUCAUUAGGUCAGCAUUAGUAAGCUUGUUCUAAAGUAGUUAAUGGCAUGCACUUGUUUGUUGAAAGGGAUUAGCAGAGUACUUAAUUACGUCAGCCUCACUAUAGCUUGGCCACAGCAAGAGAGAGACAGAGAAAGAGUUCAAGGGCAGUCACAUCCAUUAAUAGGUGUGACUCUUGGCUCUUCUUUGAAUUUCAGACUCAGAUUAAUGU